UCGUUGAACACGCAAACCUUAAGGACUGUCUAAAUCAUACUGCUGCACAAUUCUGUAUCUUAGCUGAAGUAAAACUAAACAGAGAUGAGGUUAUUUUUUAAGAAAAUAAUUGAUCUGCUUACAAUGAAACGCAUAAUAUGGAACCCACAAGCUUCUAAUCGGGUGACAAUUUAUGAGCUGGAAGUUGCAUUUUUUUUGCCAUGAAAAAGGAUGCAAAACAUGGGACCCAUUUGCAUUGUGUUGGAGUUGAAGCCCUCGCCUGCAGCGUCCGUGCAGGACGGCCGAUGCUAACGGGAAUGCCGUCCUUGUGUAUCCCUGGAGCUCAGCGCCCGGAUGUGCGGCGCUGCUUCUUUCCCAUUGCCAUAAAAGGCAGCGGAGGCUCGGCUUCAUUGUUCGCGUUGGAGGCGUCGCCUGCAACCGGGCCGGACACAGCGGAGGGACUGAGGCUGUGGGGCCGGUAGGGAACUGACCGACCGGCUCUGGGCAACGGUUGAGUGCAGCCAUGGGCGGCGGGUUGUGAGCUACGGAGAGUGACGUUGAAGCGCGGCGGAGGAGAGGAGCCCAGCAACGACUCCAUUAGAGCGUCCAGCAGGGAAGCGGCCAGCAGUGUGGACACUUGGUGGCUUUUCCUUUCCUCUUGAACGCGGACACUGUGAGGAGGGGGGAACGGUGAACCUGUACCGCUGCCGUCAACAUUACUUCAGCGGAUCCUGUGAGUUAAACAGAAUGGCACUGGACGGUAUUAGGAUGCCGGAUGGCUGUUACGCUGACGGGACGUGGGAGCUAAAUGUUCUUGUGACCGACCUUAGCCGCGAUGUUCCCCUCCGAGUCACCGGGGAGGUGCACAUAGGCGGAGUGAUGCUCAAGCUGGUGGAGAAACUUGAUGUGAAGAAAGACUGGUCAGAUCAUGCUUUGUGGUGGGAAAAGAAGAAAACAUGGCUUCUAAAAACCCACUGGACAUUGGACAAGUAUGGUGUGCAAGCUGAUGCUAAACUGAUGUUCACGCCCCAGCACAAGGUACUUCGCCUCCAGCUGCCUAACAUGAAGACGGUGAAGGUCAAGGUCAAUUUCUCAGACAGAGUGUUCAAAGCUGUCUCUGACAUCUCCAAGACAUUCAAUAUAAGGCAUCCUGAAGAACUCUCGCUCCUGAGAAAACCUAAAGAUCCAACAAAAAAGAAAAAACGAAAGACAGAUGAAAAAGACCAAGGUGAAGAUGAGGCAUUAGAGUUGGAGGGACCAUUAAUCACUCCAGGAUCAGGCUCUGAUGUUCUUUAUAUUGGUCCAUCGAAAGGAAGCAUUUACUCAAGUCCAGGAUUGUACAGCAAAACAAUGACACCAACUUAUGACUCAAGAGAUGGUAGUCCACUUUCUCCAACCUCCGCUUGGUUUGGUGACAGCCCUCUCUCAGAAGGCAAUCCCAGUGUUCUUGCAGUGAGCCAGCCAAUCACCUCUCCAGAUAUUUUGGCACAGCUAUUCAAGCCCCAGUCACUACUUGAUAAGGCAAAGACUAAUAAAGGAUGGCUAGAUUCAUCAAGGUCUCUGAUGGAGCAAGAUGUAAAAGAUAAUGAAGUUUUAUUGCUCAGAUUCAAAUAUUACAGCUUCUUUGAUUUAAAUCCAAAAUAUGAUGCAGUGAGAAUCAAUCAGCUUUUUGAACAAGCUAAAUGGUCAAUUCUUCUAGAAGAAAUAGAGUGCACAGAGGAGGAAAUGAUGAUGUUUGCAGCUUUGCAAUACCACAUCAAUAAAUUGUCUAUUAUGUCAUCUGAGAAUCACAUGAACAACAGUGAAAAAGAAGUGGAUGAAGUAGAUGCGGCCCUUUCUGACUUGGAGAUCACUUUGGAAGGUGGCAAAACAUCAACCAUUCUGGGUGAUAUAACUUCUAUUCCUGAACUGGCUGACCAUUUAAAAGUGUUCAAACCAAAGAAAUUAACACUGAAAGGUUACAAGCCAUACUGGUGCACAUUUAAAGACACCUCUAUAUCCUGCUACAAAAGUAAAGACGAAUCCCAUGGACCCCCAGCUCAUCAGAUGAACUUGCGAGGUUGUGAGGUGACCCCUGACGUAAACAUAUCCAGCCAAAAAUUCAAUAUCAAGUUGCUGAUACCAGUGGCAGAGGGGAUGAACGAAAUCUGGCUCCGUUGUGAUAAUGAGAAGCAGUAUGCACAGUGGAUGGCAGCCUGCAGGCUGGCAUCAAAAGGCAAGACUAUGGCAGACAGCUCGUACAGUCUUGAGGUGCAGAAUAUCUUGUCAUUUUUGAAGAUGCAACAUUUAAACCCUGAUCCACAAGUUAUUCCAGACCAGAAUUCAACAGACAUCAAUCCAGAGUGUCUUGUGUCUCCUCGCUAUUUAAAGAAGUAUAAAAACAAACAGAUCUCUGCCAGAAUCCUUGAGGCUCAUCAGAAUGUAGCUCAGAUGAGUCUCAUUGAAGCAAAGAUGAGGUUCAUUCAGGCCUGGCAAUCAUUACCCGAGUUUGGCAUCACUCAUUUCAUUGCAAGGUUUCAAGGAAGUAAGAAAGAUGAUCUGAUUGGCAUAGCCUAUAAUAGGUUGAUCAGGAUGGAUUCAAGCACAGGAGAUGCAAUCAAGACAUGGAGGUUCAGCAACAUGAAACAGUGGAAUGUAAAUUGGGAGAUCAAAAUGGUGACUGUUGAGUUUGCCGAUGAAGUUCGGCUUUCUUUUAUCUGUGGAGAUAUCGACUGCAAGGGAGUUCACGAGUUCAUUGGUGGUUACAUCUUCCUAUCAACGCGGGCUAAAGAUCAGAAUGAAAGCUUGGAUGAAGAUAUGUUCUUUAAGCUUACCAGUGGCUGGAUGUGACAGCAAAUACCUUGAGAUUUAGGCCAUUGAAGGUCUUUUUUUUAGAUGAUGAGUGCUGUUACUCGACAUAUGCUGCUUAUUCCAGUAAGCGCCUUGUACUGUAAUCCUUUACCAUGAUUUUUUUUGUUUUAGUUAUCAGAUCAGUUAACACUGUAUGUGCACUAACAGGAGCACUUCUUAGUAUCUAGCUACCAAACAACCUACCGCAGUUUUGGGCGUGGCAUGUUUUCUACAUCUGGCAAGUGACCUUGAAAGAUCCCUCAUCAGCAAUCUGUUUCGUAAUGAAAGCCUUGGAAUCAGCCGUACAGUUUAUUAAGUAAGUUAUCAAUGAAGUGUAUGCCUAGGAGAGGAAAAAUCUCUGAAUAUUUAUCAAACUUGCAUGUGUUUGUGCUUUAAGACCUUUUUAAAACAUAAAUCAUAAUCCCCUACGUAAAUCAGGACUACUAUAGUGAUAUAGAAAAUGAGGGUAGUUUUGUUUGGGAAUCAACAGACACAGCUCAUUGUUUUAGCUUGCAUACCAAAUGUCUGGUUAUUAGUUUAAUUUACAUACUGUACUUUGCCAACUUUUUUUUUACAUCUUAUAGUAUUAUGUGAAGUUGUUUUUAAUCACCAACAUUAGUUACCUUUUUUCACUUAAAGUAUGAAAUCUUUUCAAUACAUUAUGAAGUAAUGCUCUAUGAAGUAUGGUUUUUCAUGUAACUAAUGUAAAAAACAAGUUUUAUAUAAUUGUACAGUUUUUGAACUAUAGCAUCACAUCAGUUAAUGUGCUUUACAAUGUAUUAUGUUUGGAUGUACUUUUACAGGCAUAGCUAAUAGUAAAAAAUUAUUUCAAUGGAAGAAUUAAUUUUUGAACCUUGCUUAAUGUUAUGUUUAAUUGUAACAGCUAGCUGACAUUGUACCACAGACAUCCUAAACAGUGAAGCCUAACAUUUGUUUUUUGAAACUAUGUAUAAAUGCAUUUAUUUUAAAUAAAAGUUAAAUCUUUUA